AAAGCCAUAAGUCCCUACUCAGACGAACAGUCCAUUUCCUCAGAAUCAAACUUUGAAGCUCAGAUUGAAAGGUGGAAAGUAGGUGUUAUAUUUGGAAGAUACUGGAUCUUAAAAACUGCAGCCUUGAAUUUGGGGCUGGAGUAGCAGGAACAGCUGUAUGGAUAGAUUUUUUGGGGAGGAAGAAAGCCCAGUUUGGUGGUCAACAGGCUACAGCCUGAGAGACGCUCAUUUCCGGUCCUGCUUUAGGCACAAAGCCAUCUCAGAGACUUGGCCUGUCCCGUCCUGUCAGGUCUUUGAAGGGAAAUCUGCUUACAAAAAAUCUUGCCAAGGAAACUGCAGAGAAACGGGAGUGCAGGAUAACUCCCCAAAACCUACUUUUGCAACUUUGGAGAGUGAAGCCUGACCUACUUAGCUUCCCAAGAUUAGGGACAUGUUGUGCCAUAAAUAUUUAUGAAGUUCUUGUUUGUAUGCACAGCUGCUAAAUUAUUUCCAGCUUCAUCCUAUGAAUGGAAUAAUGAAACCUGGAACAAUAACAAUAACACUCACCUUCCAAACCACAUCUAGAUAGGAGAGAUUCUGUCUGCAUUGAAGGAAGGGCGGAGGAUUUCGGACAAUACCUGUAUGACAAAAUCGCUCAGAUCCGGGUGGAUUUGGACUCUGACUGGGUAGAUCAGGGCAGGGUGACGAGGAACAGUCUUGAGAAUGUUAUCUGGGAGGAGUUUGAUGCUGUGACUCCCGAUGAUGUGGACAGGAUUUUGCGGAGACUUAGUGCGGCCAAAAGUUUACUGGACCCGUGUCCCUCCUGGUUGGUACUGGCUUCCCGGGAGGUUACACGAGGCUGGCUCCAGGGCGUCAUUAAUGCUUUGUUGAGUGAGGGUCACCUCCCCGCUGCCCUGAAAGAGGCGGUGGUGAGGCCUCUCCUCAAGAAGCUGUCCCUGGAUCCGGCAAUAUUGGCUAACUAUCGUCCUGUCUCCAACCUUGGCUUCAUUGCGAAGGUUAUUGAGAGUGUGGUCGCGCAACAGUUUCCGCAAUUCCUGGAGGAAACAUCCUAUCUAGAUCCAUUCCAGUCGGGUUUCAGGUCUGGGCACAGCACGGAAACGGCAUUGGUCGCGUUGGUGGAUGAUCUCUGGAGGGCUCGGGACAAGGGUUGUUCCUCUGUUCUGGUCCUAUUAGAUCUCUCAGCGGCUUUUGAUACCAUCGACCAUGGUAUCAUGCUGCACCGGCUGGAAGAGUUGGGGGUGGGAGGCACUGUGUUGCGGUGGUUCUCCUCCUUUCUCUCCGACCGGUCGCAGUCUGUGUUGGCAGGGGGGCAGAGGUCGACCUCGAGGCCUCUCAUCUGUGGAGUGCCGCAGGGAUCGGUCCUCUCGCCCCUUCUGUUCAACAUUUAUGUGAAGCCGCUGGGUGAGAUCAUCCGUGGCUUUGGGGUGAGAUACCAUCAGUACGCUGAUGACACCCAGCUGUACAUCUCCACCCCAGGCCACCCCAACGAUGCCCUUGAAGUGAUGUCCCAGUGCCUGGAGGCUGUGCGGAUCUGGAUGGGGAGGAACAGGCUCAAGCUCAACCCUUCCAAGACUGAGUGGCUGUGACUCCCGGCAUCCCGAUAUAGUCAGUUGACUCCAUCACUGACUAUUGGGGGCGAGUCUUUGGCCCCCACUGAAAGGGCUCGGAAUCUGGGAGUCCUCCUGGAUAGGCAGCUGUCUUUGGAGGAACAUCUGACGGCUGUCACCAGGGGGACCUUUUAUCAGGUUCGCCUGAUUCGCCAGUUGCGGCCCUUUCUCGAUCGGGAUUCCUUGUGCACAGUCACUCACGCCUUCGUCACCUCUCACCUUGACUACUGCAAUGCUCUCUACAUGGGGCUCCCCUUGAAGAGCACCCAGAGGCUCCAGCUGGUCCAGAAUGCAGCAGCGCGGGUAGUGAUGGGAGCAACAUGGCGCUCCCAUGUAACACUGCUCCUGCGCGAGCUGCACUGGCUCCCGGUGGUCUUCCGGGUGCGCUUCAAGGUGUUGGUUAUCACCUUUAAAGCGCUCCAUGGCAUAGGGCCUAGCUAUCUUCGAGACCGCCUGCUGCUACCGACGACCUCCCAUCGACCCGUGUGCUCCCACAGAGAGGGCCUCCUCAGGGUGCCAUCAGCCAAACAAUGUAGGCUGGUGACCCCCAGGGGGAGGGCCUUCUCGGUGGGGGCUCCCACCCUCUGGAAUCAGUUGCCCCCGGAGAUAAGGAGAAUCCAUGACCUCAAUGCCUUCUGUCGUUCCCUGAAAACCCAUCUUUUCCAGCAAGCCGGGUUGGCUUAAGAAGAAAUUUUUAAAUUCUUUUAAUCAGUCUGUGAUUUUUUAACUUUCGGGCCAAAAUUUAUAUAUAUUUUUAAAUGUUUUUUAAUAUUUGUAUUCUUUGUUUUUUUUUCUUGGCUGUACACCGCCCUGAGUCCUCAGGGAGAAGGGCGGUAUAUAAAUUGGAAAUUAAAUUAAAUUAAAUUAAAUUAAAAUCCUUGCAGAGCCUAAAUCUCACUAGAGGGAAGAGUUGCUCUGAGCAGCCUUCCCAAUUUCCACAGGAGUUAGCUUUAUUAUUCCCAAACAGUUUGGGCAAAAGACUUGGAGAGCUAUACUUUGCAGAAAGCUGAUGGGUUUCUGCACUUUCUUAGGGGUGACUCAGUGGAGAUCAAAACCUCUCUACAUCCCCCAAACUUUAUGACUGAUUUCCUGUGUCUGCCAAGGAUUUAAGACCCAGGAGAAUCAGUGGGUCAGAGGCUCAAAGGGAGCCAGCUUCAUUCAUGCUGCCCAGAGAUGCUUCCAAGCACACCCAUGCUAAAUGCCUUGUGCGUCUGUAACUUUGCAUACACAGAAGUCUCCAUUAGGUCAAAGUGAGAAAGUCACAUACCCAGCAGGGCUGGAAAAGGGGGUUUAACAAGAGGAGAUGACUGCCUGUAUAUGGUAAGAGCAAUGUUUCCAAAAGGCAUUUCCAAGGGCUGGAAAAAAGAUUGGUAAUACAGAUGUUCAUGCAACAAUGUACCACUCUUUGUUUGAUACCCAUUCCUUUUUUACAUUCAAAAUAUUAAUCUAAUAAAAUAUACAAAAUCCUUGCCAAGGAAACUGCAAGGCCAGGCAUCAAGACUGACUCUUUGUUUCAUACACAUUCCUUUUUUUAAUUAGAAAAUUUAAUCUAAUAAAAUAUAUAAAUCAAAUAAAAACAAAGAAUGGAUAGAGAGAAGCAGGAAAGGAAUCGAAAAAAGAAAAAUAUAAUUGCACCUUCCUCCUUUUUCUCUGUUGAGAAAUUGUCAUCACGCAUUCUUAUAUAGAAAUUAUCUCUGCUCAGUUGACCAGAAUAAAAACUGCAAGGCCAGGCAUCAAGACUGACCCAAAGGCACCAAAACCGAAGUAGCAUCACGUUUCACUUUUUCACUUGGCUCAGUUGCAAAGGUCGGUUGCUGGGAAUCGAAAACGACCUGCUGCAAUGUAAUCACAGGAAACCUCUUCCAAACGCCUUGGUGGAGAUUGGAAAAGCCUGUUUUUCCACCUCCUGUCGCUAGAUGGCGGACAAGCAACAUCUGUGCCUAGAAAGCCAUCAACACUGCAUUGCUAGAAAGGCUGGGAGGAGAGGAGAAGCGCAGAGGAACUUCCUCUUCCGGAUGACUCAAGGGAGGAAGUUGGUGUGCAGAGCGGCUUUUGUGCUGUUUCCAUGGUGGAAGCAGCAGCUGGCAGAGCCUACAAUUCUUCGCCUUCACCUUCCUCAGCAACUGGGAGAGAAACGAGAUAAAAUCAAGAAGAGAUUUCUAGCUGGGAAAAGUAGAGUGUGAAAUUCAAGCAUGUAUUACAUGAAAAGUGUUACAGGCUCUGGGAAGAAGAAAACGGCUUGAAUCAAAGCUUGUGUAAAGAAGGGAUCAUCCAUAUUUUUGACCUCGUCAAGAAUAUUGGUUGUCGAAGAGCUCCAUAGAUGUGUCUGUUGUAGGAAAGAUACAACUUGCAAAGCACAGCUGAUUAUGCCUGAGAGGAUCCAGACUGGAGAAAAGUCGUACAAAUACUCUGAAUGUGGCACCAUUGUGGUCAGUGAAAGGAUCCAUAUAGGAGAGAAGCCCUACAAGUGCUCGUAAUGCGGUAAAUGCUUUAGCGAAAAUGGCAAUGUGGACUCACACCGAAGAGAAACCCUUUGUAUGUCCUAUCUGUGGGAAAAGUUUCAGUACCAAUUCCAACCUGGUGAGACACCAGAGGACUCACACAGGAGAGAAACCCUUUGAAUGUCCUGAUUGUGGUAAAAGUUUCAGUAACAAUUCCAACCUCGUGAAACACCAGAGGACUCACACAGGAGAGAAACCCUUUGAAUGUUCUGAUUGUGGAAAAAGUUUCAGUCAGAGUUCCCACCUCGUUCUACACCAGAGGACUCAUACAGGAGAGAAACCCUUUAAAUGUCCUGACUGUGGGAAAAGUUUCAGUCAGAAUUCCAACCUCAUUGGCCACCAGAGGACUCACACAGGAGAGAAACCCUUUGAAUGUCCUGACUGUGGGAAAAGGUUCAGUCAGAAUUCCAGCCUCAUUGGCCACCAGAGGACUCACACAGGAGAGAAACCCUUUGAAUGUCCUGAUUGUGAGAAAUGUUUCAUUCAGAAUUCCAGGCUGGUUCAACACCAGAGGACUCACACAGGAGCGAAACCUUUUAAAUGUCCUGACUGUGGGAAAAGCUUUAGUCAGAAUUCCAGCUUGGUUCAACACCAGAAGAUUCACACAGGAGUGAAACCCUUUAAAUGUCCUGACUGUGGGAAAAGUUUCAGUCAGAAUUCCAGCCUGGUUCAACACCAAAGGAUUCACACAGGAGAGAAACCCUUUGAAUGUCCUGACUGUGGGAAAAGUUUCAGUCAGAAUUCCAUCCUGAUUCAACACCAGAGGACUCACACAGGAGAGAAACCCUUUGAAUGUCCUGACUGUGGGAAAAGUUUUAGUCAUAAUUCCAGCCUGUUUCAACACCAGAGGACUCACACAGGAGAGAAAUCCUUGGAAUGUCCUGAUUGUGGGAAAUGUUUCAGUCAGAAGUCCAGCCUGUUUCAACACCAGAGGACUCAUACAGGAGAGAAACCCUUUGAAUGUCCUGACUGUGGGAAAUGUUUCAGUCAGAAUUCCACCCUGAUUCAACACCAGAGGACUCACACAGGAGAGAAACCCUUUGAAUGUCCUGAUUGUGGGAAAAGUUUCAGUCAGAAUUCCACCCUGAUUCAACACCAGAGAACUCACACAGGAGAAAAACCCUUGGAAUGUCCUGAUUGUGGGAAAUGUUUCAGUCAGAAGUCCAGCCUGUUACAACACCAGAGGACUCAUACAGGAGAGAAACCCUUUGAAUGUCCUGACUGUGGGAAAAGUUUCAAUCAGAAUUCCACCCUGAUUCGACAUCAGAGGACUCACACAGGAGAGAAACCCUUUGAAUGUCCUGAUUGUGGGAAAAGUUUCAGUCAUAAGUCGAACCUGGCUCAACACCAGAGAACUCACACAGGAGAGAAACUAUACAAGUGUCCAUACUGUGGGAAAGAUCUUAGUACUAGGGUUAACCUUAUAAAUCAUGUCCUUAUACACAAAAGGGAGAAACCAUUUUAGUGCCCCGAGUGUGGACGGUGCUUCAGGAAACUUUCCACCCUUAUCGCACACAGGAAAAUCCACAUGACGCCAAAAGUGAUAAGUGUAGAGAAGGCUUGAGUUUCAUUUCUAGUGUCCCAUUGUGAGUCCAGCUGAGAAAUUGACUAUUUAAUUUGAUUAAAUUAAAUAGAAUUUUCCUGAUGUUUUGUAGGCAAAUAUGUAAUGGUAUUAGAUGGGGAAGAGGAAAGAAAAAGUUGGAACAUAUUACUUUGAUAAUGGCUAUCUUGCCUUCAGCGUAAGAAGUUUCUGGAUAUUUAUUUUUGUAGAAAUUGGGCAAUUAUAUAAAAAAAAAUUUGAGAGUGUUCUUUGCAUUUUUAUGAUGGUAGAUGAUAGAAAUGCUACGUGCCAGGAAUCCCAGCCUUUUUCUCCCUGGGUCCCCCCAAGAUUUUCAGCCUCAGAAUUCUCCAGCCAGCAUCUCUUGGGGAUUGGAGCCCUGAGACUAUAGAUUGUGGCUCCUCAUAUAAGGAGAAAGCAAGAGGAGAAGAGACACAGAGGGGGUUCAAAGUUUAUCUUUUUCUAACAGUUCCAGGAAUUCAGCGCACCAAGCAUGUCUGUUCAGAUUGUGUCGAGAAUGAGGCACGCAAGUGGAAGAAACCAUAUAAAUAGCAAAUAUAUUGGGGGAGUUUAGGGCAGUGAUAAAAGCAGUGUAAAACUUCAGAUGUAAAGGCUGUUCUGCCCUGCAGGUGACCUUCAUGGUUCAAAAGCCAGAAGAAGCAAUUGGAUUGAAACAUGUCAGUUGCUACAUCUUCCUUCCAUUUUAUUCCAUUUGUGGUAUAUGCUUUAAAACUGGUUCUCCUUCAUAUGAGGGUUGACUUGUGAUUUUAUGGACACCUUCUUUUCAUGGGAACAAUAUGGAAUUCUUAUGCCACUGUUGUCUUCUGUGAUUUUUUUUUCAUAUUUUUUAUUAUUAAAAAAAGUUAACAUACAUAA